GGCGUGCCGGGUCACGAAUGGCUGACAACACAUGCCCAUCGACUGCAACUACACAACUGUUGUGUUUACAUCUUCCCCGAUAACAUCAUACAGACACACGUGGUAAACUUGAUGAGAGAACAUGGGGUUUUCUCUGACGUGGAUUAUUGCGAUCGCCUUCCUGGCCUACAUUGGUCACUCCCUGUGGGUGCUGUACACCCUCUUCCACCCCACCCCCUGCGUGGAGACGGUCAGGGGGGCCUGUAUCCACCCCUACAUGAAGCGCAACCCCACACUGGAGCUGAAGGUGUUCACCUCAAUGAAGGAACAUCGGGUCAGAGAGAGUGACCUUGACCUAGUCUGGAGGUGUGAUAACUUCUCCAUGGAAGAGAAAGUAGAGACGACUGUAAAUGUAUCGAUUCCAUCCAAGACACGCAAGAACGGCACCCUGUUCCUGCAUGCGUUCGUCUACCCUGUGGGACACAAUUCACUGUUCGGGAGCUACGCGACGCACCACACGACAAAGAUAACAGCAUAUGCCCUUCCCCAGGCUCAGUUCAUCAACCUGCUGGGAGACAGGAAGCAGGAGAGUGGCGAUGAUGUCGGCAAGACGGUGCCGGACAAGACAUUGACUCACUGGAAACAGAAGGUCACCAUCAACGUCAUGGCCGACCUCAUCCCCUUUGAUCGGCGCGCCAUUCCAGGGGAGGUGUACAAAUACCUUAAAACAUCACCAGAAGGAGAUUACCUCCCCAUCGUGUUCAUCGAUGAACUUGGCUUCAGGACGAAGGACCUGCUUCCAAUCAACGAGACGUCUACUGAGAUGCCGCUCACAAUCACCUAUUCUUCGAUCUCGGUGGGAAAACUGCGAAUGUGGACAAAUGUCCUUGAGUCUUUCAAGAUGCUUAACAACCUGGGCUUCACAGACAAGGACACAGAUGAGAUCAAGGGGAUAUUUGCUGACACCAACUUGAACUUCCUGCUGCUCACAUUCACCAUCGCCGCCUUCCAUCUGCUGUUCGACUUCCUGGCGUUCAAGAAUGACAUCAGCUACUGGAAGAAGCGGGACACCAUGGUGGGGCUGUCCACACGAGUCGUGGUGUGGCGCUGUGUGUCCACCAUCAUCAUCUUCCUCUACCUGCUGGACGAAAACACCAGCCUCCUCGUCCUCAUCCCGGCCGGUAUUGGCUCCAUCAUCGAGAUAUGGAAAGUAACAAAAGCAUUUAAGCUCAAGGUCACCUGGAAUGGAAUUAAGCCAUCAUUUGAGUUUGGGAAGUCAUCGGACAAAGAGAAAGAAACACAGCAAUUUGAUUCCCAGGCUAUGAAGUACUUGUCCUACGUCCUGUAUCCGCUGUGUAUAGCAGGGGCUGGCUACUCUCUGUUCUACGUGCAACAUAAAAGCUGGUACUCCUGGUGUAUACACAGUUCUGUUAAUGGGGUGUAUGCAUUUGGCUUCAUCUUCAUGUUACCACAGUUGUUUGUUAAUUAUAAGCUAAAAUCGGUAGCUCAUCUCCCCUGGAGGGCUUUCAUGUACAAAGCAUUCAACACAUUUAUUGAUGAUGUAUUUGCCUUCAUCAUCGUCAUGCCAACUGCUCACAGACUUGCCUGUUUCCGUGACGAUGUGGUGUUCUUGAUCUACUUAUACCAAAGAUGGCUGUACCCAGUGGACAAGACCCGGGUCAACGAGUUCGGCCAGUCCUUCGAGCAGGAAGACAAAGCCAAGAAGACAAACUGAGGGCAUCGUGGAGAAAGCUGGCAUGUUUAUCCCGACUUGAUCACACUGGGCCCUGUUUACUGCUACUGAAAAUCUCAUGAGAAUAUCAAAGUGUCUAUUCAGAUUUGAAAAUUAUAGAAAAAUAUUAGGCUUAAAAAAAUAAAAGAAUUGGCUCUCAGGCAAUGUUUUGUGAAAAUAUAGUCUGGGUGAUUGGUGUCAUUUUUUUGGUUGUUCAAACUGGUAUGUAACCAAAUAAACAGUUGUGUAACCAAAUAAACAGUUGUGUAACCAGAUAAACAAUUGUGUACAAUCAGCUUUUGGAAAGGGCCCUCCCAUAUCAAUGUAUUCCUUGAUAAGUAAAGUACUGCAAUACAGUAUUUGACUACGUUGAAUUUGGAAUAUUUAAGGAUUUUUUUAUAUUGUUUUAAAAAUGGAAAUGAAAAUGAAACGUGUGGCGAACUUUGUGAUGAUGCGGGCGGUGCCUGAGAACCAAGACUAUUUUUUUAGCCUUACUUUCCAAAGCUGUUUAAUAUAUGCAAUCAGUUUAGGGCAGAAAACGAUAGUUGUUACAGAAUAUGUGAAUGAUAGCUGUAUGUUCAGGACAAAAGGGUCGUGUGGCCAGUCAUCUGAGGCGGCAUUUUGUUGUGCAGUGUUGUGUCAGAACAGACUCUAGAUUCCUGUUCCAGUCCAGAUUGGAGACACGGGAGGUCAUGAUAUGUAUGUCAACACAAUCAGGUUGUAAAUAGUUCAUCAUCUUUCCAGUUUCCAUGUCUUGUUUCCAGCAUCAGCUGUCUGUGUUUAUGUGUCUCUCAUCUCCUGGAGGUUCUAAAUGACUGACCCACUCAAACUACAAAGAUUUUAUGUCAAUCAGCUACCACCCACCUCAAUAUUCAUCAUCCCGCUGUGCGAGACAUUUAACAUGUUUUCGUUUUUUAUACAAUAUUUUCCUCAGUAGGACAAAAAUAGGAUCCCCUGCCUGUGUUUUCAGUGCUUUCAACCUCUCCAUCUUCUAAGGCACCGCGAUUCGGUGUGCAGAGUUGCGUCACUUGGGCAGGCCAGAAACCUAUGAUUUUGGGUUUGAAUCCUAGUUCGCCCCGAUUAUGUUUCUAGGUUUGUCAGCACCAUACCAGUGCUCGUGGGUUUCACCGAAGUGGUAAACGUCUAAGACCUGCAUCACUUCGGGCUUUCCUCCAACACUAAACUGACACACUGCGAUAUAACUGUUAUGAAUACUGUUAAAAGCAGCGUUAAACCCAACUCACUCAUUCACUCUUCCUGGAACUAAGCUUCAGAGACACGAGCACUGACGAGCACUGACGGGCACUGAUGGGCACUGACGGGCACUGACGAGCACUGCACUGGGGGCACAAUCUUGGUGCGCUCAGAUCUGGUGCCUUAGACAAUGUAUCACUUGUAUUGUCAAUUGUUUAAUUAAAAAAAAAUGGGCGUGGAGAUGAGGAAACACAAAACAUAAUUUAAAUAAGAAUGUCCUUUAAGAAUGUUGAUUGUUUCUAGUAACUGUAUUUAUGUGUGAAUAUCUUCAGGUAUUGGCGUAUUAGACUUGAAAUCCAGCUUGACAUGUUAAUGUCUGCCAUGGUUUGUGUGGCAUUGGGAUUUGUUCAUGUUUCGGCCUUCUAUUAAUUAGUCUUAACACCAGCAAAACCGAUUCAGACUAUUUCAGUUUUUUUUGGUAUUCUGUAUGAUGUUGAUUGCCCUGACUAUCUGGAGUCAUUAGAGGAGACAACACAGGAAUCCUCUACACACCAUGAGGGUGUGGGGCAGUGGGGUAGCCUAGUGGUUACAGCGUUCGCUCUUCAUGUUGAUGGCCCGGGUUCCCGACAUGGGUACAAUGUGUGAAACCCAUUUCUGGUGUCUCCUGCCGUGAUGCUGCUGGAACAUUGCUAAAAGCGGCGGAAAACCAUACUCACUCACUCACUCACUGGCGUUCCUCACACACAUGCAACUUAGUGUAAACAGAAGCUCCUGACACCACCACCACAUACACUGUAACAUUGUAGCAUAUGGAUGAAACUUACCCUGUGUGGAGCUUGCUGUAUUAGGCGACGGUUGGUCAGGCUUUCUGACUUGAUUGAUGCAUGUCAUUAUAUCCCAAUUGCGUGGAUUGAUGCUCAUAAUGUCAAUCACUGGAUUGACUGGUCAAGACUCGAUUAUUUAUAGACCACCUUCAUACAGCUGGAAUAUUGCUGACUGUGGCGUUAAACCACAAACAAUGACUAGCUGGUUGGUCAAGUGUGCUGUACUCUGUCCGUCCCAAGUGUCAUGGGUGGCUUAGUCAGGCUCAUUGAUUGGUCUUCAGUAACAGUGGGUUGAGCACUUCAAAGUAUGUAGGUCGUGUCGUGUACAACCUUAUAAAAGGGAAUACGCUCCAAUAGUCCUGUUUUUUUGUUAUGCUGUACAUAGGAACACUACUCCACUACGUAGUCAUGUCUCUACUGUCAGCACAGUAUGAGUGUCAGCUGAAAAAACCCCAAUUCCUCACACUAGAUUGCAGAGACACAAGACAUAAUAAAGGUGAUGCACCACAUAGACAUCCAGGUACCAGUCUUUGUGAAAAGGUUUCUCUGCAGCAUGGGGCAUGGUGCUUGGACUUUGAUCUCUGGCUAAGAUAUCUGUCACAUAUACUAAUGUUACUAUUGUUUAAACUUAACUUAUGUAUACUUGGACCUUGUGCGAGUGAACCAAACACACUUUGAGCCAAGGCCAGACUUUUUGGGGGGAUUGGUAUAAUUGGCCCCAAACUUCAGGUCACUAGGUCAAAGAUUAUAAAGAAAGAAAUAUAUAAUCUCAAAUAUAUUUGUUUAAUUUCUUGUUGUGAAUUGUCAUAUUUUGUAGUGUUUUGAACUUUUAAAGAUAUAUGUGAAACAGGCUGUAUUAUAUUAUUGUAUUGUAAAUAAUUUAGGUGUGUUGAUAGUGGCAGUAAAUGAGUGGGGAUUUUUAACACUCUACUUGUUUGAUGUUGGCAAAAUAAGGAAAACACUGUGUGUCAUUUAUUUAAUUUUUUUCACAUUUCAAUUUUUCGGAGUCAGCAGAUUAAACCAAGUUUUACAACAUUUCUAGGCUAAGGUGAACGUGGGUUCGAUAUCCUGGUUUGCCCAAAUAUGUUUCUAGGUUUAUCCCUGAUCGUGGGUUUCACCCAAGUGGUAACAUCUGAAACCUGCAUCACUUCGGGCUUUCAUUCCACAUUAAGACACCCUGUGAUAUAAGUGGAAUACUGUACAAAGCGGCGUUUAAACCAAUCAACUCACUCUAAGACCAUGACAUUGUACACGUACAGCAUACAUACUGAUGAUACAACUGCAUAUAAUUCCAUAAUUAUUUUUGUUUUAUUUGUUCAUAGACAAUCUUUUGUUUAGUGCUUACCGCUUAUAAUUCCAUCAUUAUGUUUGUGUUUUCAUGUUAUGUGUUGAGAGACAAUCUUUUGUUUACAGUAAAACCUUGUUAAGCUCUCUAGCUUUAUUUUCUUUACUUCAAAACAAUUUCUCAUUUAAAGCUAAAACAACAAAUGUGAAAAUAAUUAGCAAUGAGUUUGAUGAAGGACAUAAGGUAGUACUUCUUGCUGUGCAGACACUCUUGCAUCCAGUGUCCAUCAGAUUAGACUCAAAUGUAUAUAAGGUAUUUUACCAAAUGUUUACAUUGACCUCUGACACCAUGCCUAUGACACAGGAAGUCAUCUGUCGACACAUUGCAUGUAUCAAAGUAACGCAAUCUGUCAAUGAUCAGACAACAGGCAUGUCCUCAAUGUGAAGUAUGGUAAACAAACAUGUUUACGUCAGUUCUUUUAGUAAACAGUCACCCAAUCUGUUUGUUUCCUUGACAGAGGAGUCUGUGUUGAAGAUUUGGAAUAUUGUCUCUAUUUUGAAUCUUAGUGUAAGACAUUUACCAGAAAGCAAUUUUUUUUUUUAUCAAUGUCUUGACUUUCAUGCCUGAGAUGAAAUAAUGACAAGAGAUUACGUUGAUCAUAUACAAGUAUGUACAUCAAUUAUUAUCACAAGCAUGUUGGUGAACAUUACAUUUUCUACAACUGACAUAUUGAUGAUGGUGAUGGUCGGAGGGUAUUGUAGGAGUGUCGGUGUACAUGUGUGGUGGUGACUUCCGAUCAACAAGGGACAGUUACUGUACUUUCUACUUCCAUUAUAAUAUGAGGAUACUGUUGAUUGUUUUGUACCUUGAUAAAUGGUAUUGAACUCA